AUGGCGAUGGCACCAAAAGUUUCAGUAGAUAAAACUUUCAUUGCUCCAGAAACUCUAAAAUAUCAACGUCACAAAUAUGAUAAAAUUAAAGAACAACAAGGACAAUCGUCGCAACAACAGCAAUAUCUGCAAGUACCACAACAGAGUUCCUCAUCCUAUGAUUACUGCAAUAAUUAUCAAGAUGGUUCAGCUUAUCAGCAGAAUGCUUCUUCAUCCAAGCAACAGUCAGCCUCAUCAUCACCAUCCAUCACCUUAUCAUCACCAAAACUGACAUUUGGCGAAUCGUUACGUGAAUCACUCCGUGAUUUAUACGUACCCAAAUUUUUGUCUAACUUGCGAAAAUCAGCUUCCGAAAUAAGCCUAGUCUUGGAAGCAGUCCGUUCCGGACCUACAUCUACCGAUUUGCAAACGCAUGGAGUAUCACUAACGCCGGCUACUAAGAAGCCUGUGGUUGGUGAUAACACUUCCAAAUCGAUCCGUGGUCCAACAGUGAAAAAGCGGAAACGUCAUAAUGCAUUAGUUGCAUGGCAUAAUUACUCACCACAUCAUCUCAAUAAGCAAAUACGAUAUG